AUCGGCUUCCUCAGCUGUAACACAAGAGGGGAGAGAAAAUUAGCUUCUUUCCCGCCAUCAGCAACUGGCCCCCGCAUUCACCAUUGUAUGUGAACUGGAUAUUGUGUGUGACCGGAAAGCUAUUGAUCUGCAGCAUCAGUCAGCAGCCUUUUCUCACUGAGGGCCAUCUCUUUCCCAGCUUCUAACAUGUAAUUUGGAUCCCAAUCUUUCACGUACCACACACUCCCCACCUGCUCAUCUGGGAGAAGGUCAUUAUCCCCCAGCUAUUCACUGGCAAUGGAGCAUGCAAGAAUAGAUGCUUCGUCUAUUGUCCUGCUUAUCUCUGAUUGGCUCUGGAGUGUGGGAAACUCAACCAAGUCAGAGACCCACAGAUUCUCAACGAGGUUGUGCAGUAUAAAUAUAGGGCAGAGUCAGCUUCCUGCAGCACACUUCCACAGGACUUCAGCACGACUGAGAGCUGCCUCCUCAGCUCAGGACAGAUGGCCCCCAGCACUGUUUUCAUGGAGCACAACAACCUGCUGACACCAAAAGAGAAAAACAAACUGAGGAAGCCAGUGGUGGAGAAAAUGCGCCGGGACCGGAUUAACAGCAGCAUCGAGCAGCUGAAACUCCUGCUGGAGAAGGAGUUCCAGAGACACCAGCCCAACUCCAAGCUGGAGAAAGCCGACAUCCUGGAGAUGACUGUCAGCUACCUGAAACAGCAGAGCCAGCUGCAGAUAAAGACUGCAGGAACCAUCCGUAAAAACUCUCAGUUCGACUUCAAGGAAGGCUACUCCAGGUGCCUGCAGGAGGCUUUCCAUUUCCUGUCUCUCCAUAAAGUCCAAACAGAAACGCAGAGCAAGCUCUUGAGUCGCUUCCAGAAGAGCCAGUCGGCUGCGCCAGAGGUCAUCUGCUCCCCUUCCAGCCAGAACACCCCAAAGCAAGCAUCCCUGAAGAACGUUAAUGCUCUCUGGAGACCCUGGUAG